UGACUCAAUAGUCAUCUGACUCGAAGGCCCACCCUGUUCAUCGCCGCGCGGCUGCAGGCGGAACUUGAUGAGGUUCUUUAAUGGAAAUGACCUGAAACAGCCAGGUUUUUGAUCAGGAACACGAACGUUCUCCUGUCCGUCAUCGUUCCCGCGCACGUGGACGGACGACCGGCGUCCAGGAAGCUUUGAUCAGUGCCGUCUCCCGCGCUAGCUAGCUGCUGUGUCACUUCCUCAGCAGGUUUCAGAGGAGGAGGAACUCUGGUCAUCCCAUCAUGGCUUCCAUCCUGGACGAGUACGAAGACUCGCAGAACAUCCUGCAGAGCUCGCAGCAACACGGCCGGCUGGCGAGCGUCAACAUCGGGAUAACGCACUCAGGCUUCGUGAAUGCAAGACUCGAGGAGGAGAAGCCGAUCUUCAACAAACAGAGGAUUGAUUUCACCCCCCCUGAGAAGAUCAAUCACCUGGCUGUGUGCAACAACCAGCUGUGCAUGAGUCUGGGGAGGGAAACCCUGCUCAGAAUCGACUUGGCCAAACCAGACCAGCCUAACCAGACAGAGUUAGGAAGGAAAGAUGACAGCAGAGUGCACAAGUUGUUCUUGGAUCCCACAGGCUCCCACCUGCUGAUCAGUCUGAGCAACAGCGAGUGCCUGUACCUCAACAGGAACACCCAGAAGGUGCGCAGUCUGUCCCGCUGGAGAGGCCACCUCAUUGAAAGUGUGGGCUGGAACAAACUGCUGGGCAAUGAGACCAGCACCGGACCCAUUUUAGUGGGCACCAACCAAGGUGUCAUCUUUGAGGGGGAGAUUUCUGCAAACGAGGGCAGCCUGUUCAACACCAACCCUGACCAGUACUUCAGACAGGUCCACUCUCUGGAAGAAGAUGGCAGGCCUGUGCCAGUCUGCUGCUUGGAGAUAGAACGAGGUCUAGAGAAUAAGUACUUCAUCAUAGCCACCACACGCAAACGUCUGUUCCAGUUUGUGGGGAAGGUGGCAGAGGGUUCUGAGCAGCAAGGCUUCAGCUCCAUCUUCAGUCAGAACCAGGACCUGCUGCCCAGUUUUCAGGAGUUCCCUGCCAACAUGGGGUACAGUGAAAUCACCUUCUACACCUCCAAGCUUCGGACCUCUCCCAAAGCAUUUGCAUGGAUGAUGGGUAACGGAGUUCUGUAUGGUCAGCUGGAUUAUGUCAGACCAGAUUCCCUACUGAGUGAUGUAAAGGUUUGGGAAUACACUCCAGAUGUUGACCUGAGCCAAAACAAACCCAUCUCCAUCGUCCUGACUCAGUUCCACUUCCUGCUUCUUUUUUAUGACCGGGUUAAGGCCAUCUGCAUUCUGAAUGGACAGGUGGUGCAUGAAGAUGUGUUCCCAGAUAAAUUUGGUUCCCUCAAGCGAAUGAUCAAAGACCCAGUGGGAGGACUCGUGUGGAUCUACACCGAGCGGGCAGUUUUCCGUUAUCACAUCCAGCGAGAAGCCAGGGACGUCUGGCAAAUGUACAUGAACAUGAACAAGUUCGACCUGGCCAAGGAGUACUGCCGCGACCGGCCUGAGUGUUUGGACAUGGUUCUGGCUAAGGAGGCAGAGUACUGCUUUCAGAACAAGAGAUACUUGGAGAGUGCCAAGUGCUAUGCAAUGACACAGAACUAUUUUGAGGAGAUAGCACUCAAAUUCAUUGAAGCCAAGCAGGAGGAGGCCUUGAAGGAGUUCUUACUAAAAAAACUGAGUAAUUUAAAACUGAGUGAGAGGACACAGGUAACUCUGCUAGUCACCUGGCUGGCAGAACUCUACCUGAACCGCCUUGGGCAGCUGGAGAGUGAUGGCAACAGUAGUGAAUUCCUGGAAACUCGUGAAGAAUUUCGCCAGUUUUUGAACAACUCCAAGCACAAGGAGUGUCUGUUUAACAACCGCAGUACCAUCUACGACCUGCUGGCCAGCCAUGGCAACGUGGACGAUAUGGUUUACUUCUCAGUGGUCAUGCAAGACUAUGAGAGAGUGAUAUCGCACCACUGCCAGCAUGACAACUACAGUGCUGCACUGGAUGUGCUCGCCAAGCACUGCGAUGAAAAGCUGUUCUACAAGUUCUCCCCAGUCCUCAUGCAGCACAUCCCAAAGAAUGUGGUGAACGCGUGGAUACAGAUGGGCAAGAAGCUGGACCCAAAGAAGCUCAUCCCAGCGCUGAUGAACUACAGCCAGAUGGGGAGCACACAGCAGAUUAGUGAAACCAUCCGCUACAUGGAGUUCUGCGUGUAUGAGCUGAAUGUGACGGAAGAGGCCAUCCAUAACUAUCUGCUCUCGCUCUAUGCAAAGUACAAACCAGACUCUCUUCUGUGCUACCUGGAACAGGCAGGUACGCACACCUCAGAGAUUCACUAUGACCUGAAGUAUGCUCUUCGCCUGUGUGCGGAGCACGGCUACCACCGGGCCUGCGUGCUCAUUUACAGGAUCAUGGAGCUGCAUGAGGAAGCUGUGGAUCUGGCUCUACAAGUGGAUGUCGACUUAGCCAAGUCGUGCGCUGAUCUUCCUGAGGAUGAUGAGGAGAUGAGGAAGAAGCUCUGGUUGAAGAUAGCUAGGCAUGUGGUGCAGGAGGAGAAGGAUGUGAAGAAAGCCAUGAACUGUCUCUCCAGCUGCAACUUGCUAAAGAUUGAAGACAUCCUGCCUUUCUUUCCAGACUUCGUCACUAUCGACCACUUCAAGGAGGCCAUCUGCAGCUCCCUGGAGGAGUACAACCACCACAUUGAAGAGCUGAAGCAAGAGAUGGAGGAGGCCACAGAGAGCGCCAGACGAAUCAGAGGAGACAUUCAGGAAAUGAGGAACAAAUAUGGAGUGGUGGAUUCCCAGGAAAAGUGUGCUGCUUGUGACUUCCCGCUCCUCAACAGAUCCUUCUACCUGUUCCUGUGUGGACACAUGUUCCAUUACGACUGCCUGCUGCAGGAAGUGACGCCUCACUUGUCAGUAUACAAACACAGCCGUCUGGAGGAGCUGCAGAAGAAGCUUUCUGCAACAACACAGUCCAGCAAAUCUCGCCACAGACCCGCAGCCAAAGAGGAAGGAGACACCGUCAGCCUGGGAAAGGGCAGUGUGGCCACAACCCGCGAGCAAAUCAUUUCAGACAUCGAUGACAUUGUUGCUUCCGAGUGUGCAUACUGUGGAGAGCUGAUGAUCAAAUCCAUCGACAAGCCUUUCAUUGACUCUCACAGAUUUGAGGAGGAGAAAUCCAGCUGGCUCUGAACACUAACAUUUGUGAACAUUUGUCAAAAGAGACAACCUUCAGUGACCAAAAGCUGAAAUUUACUGUGAGAGGAUUAGAUAUAGAAUUUCUAGAGCCGCCUGCAUACAUUUUUGCUUAGCUCCAUUAGGUUAUUGUUUGUCAAACGAAUCAACAUUGAACAAGAUUGUGUUUGUAGAUGAAUGGAUGAAGGACACAAUAAGUACAAAUAUAAUCAAAGUCAUUGUCCAAAA